UACAAGUGGAUGUGGGUAGUCUAGGUGUAUCUUGCAGCAUACGACGUGAUAGAUCGUAUUCGUGGUCACAUUAAGACAUCUUGUGAGCAACUUGCGACAACUCUGAGAAUGUUUACAGUACCUACCUCUUCAGGGAGUGAGUUUUGAUAGUGGAGAAGAGUUCUUGAUCCUCGAAACAGGAGCAGCUCUUCCCAUCCUCUGAUCAAACUUGGUUGCAUCUCAUUUCCCAGUGGACGUCGUGUGAUGCUGGGAGGUGGCUAGGGAUGCUGGCAGGCAGUGCUGGUGCUGGCUGCCCAUGAUGAUCAUAGAGGAAUUGUAGUGGGCUCUUUCUGUUUGAAUGUGGAUGCUUUGUCCAGGAAGAUAACACCGUCAGCUGGUACCGUCCUGCUAUCCUGCCAACAUCAUGGACAUCCUCAAGAAGUUCAAGAGAGGAAAGAAAAGCAAUGAAGACUGCACUCAUAGAGGAAGCAGAAGUGAUGGUAGGAACAUAAUCCCGCCAGCAAGUGCGUUUAGCAUCACGGAUGACACGGUACGGAGACAUACCAGGCUCUCUACAUGUACAAGGCGACAAGAGCGGGCGACCUCUCCUUCGACGAGGGUGACCAACUGGAGAUCUUGACGGAGGAGACAGACGGCUGGUGGAUGGCCUCAAACCCUCGUACGGGUACCAGAGGAUACGUGCCUUCCAACUUCAUCAGAAAAUUAUCAUCUGUCAUGAAUAAUAAUUCUCCAGCUUCCAAAUUUUAUACCACCGCUACCACCAUCACCACCAACACCACCGCUGCCACCAUCACCACCGCUACCACCAUCACCACCAACACCACCCCUACCACCAUCACCACCCCUACCACUAGCACCAGCCCAACCAUCAAAGCUGAUAAGUACAUCGCUCUCUAUGACUACGUGGCUGUAGACAGCGAGAGCAUCUCCCUUAAGAAGGGCGAGGUGAUGGAAGUGGUGUUCCAGCCUGACAAUCACUGGUCAUAUGUCAAGGUGUUGCGGGGAAGCAGCGUCGUCAACGAAGGCUACAUCCCAACAUCUUACAUAACCAAACUCGGGGAAAACGUCAAUCAGCCGUGGUACUUUGGUAACAUGACGAGGCAGGAGGCACAUGCAUAUCUGAUGAACACUUUCAACUCUAACGGAAGUUUCCUGGUACGCAACUCUGAGUCCACAACUGGAUACUCCCUCUCAGUGUUAUUUUGCGGUACGGUGAAGCAUUACAAAGUGAAUCAAGAUACUCACUGUGCCAACGAGAUCUGUUUUAUAUCAAGUGAUAUCUGCUUCAGUUCCCUCAAGUCCCUGGUGGAACACUAUCAACACAAUGACGGCCUCUGCACCCGACUCUCUCAAUCAGGGAAGGUGGGGAGACUGUCCUGCUUACCUGCCUCUCCUGACCAUCUCUGUAACACAUUUCCUCAAAGUGGGGCAGAGGAGGCACCUCCCGAAGAAAGGACGACUAGGGAGGUAAGGGAUGUAGGUACUAGCAACCCCUGGGAGAUUCAACGUAACUCCAUCCAGCUGGUGAAGAAGCUGGGCAGCGGGCAGUACGGUGACGUGUGUCAGGGACGCUGGAACAACCAGAUGGAUGUUGCUGUCAAGACAAUGAAGCCAGAGUGCAUGGAGCUAGAGGAGUUCAUGCGUGAGGCAGAAGUAAUGCAGAAGCUGCGUCAUCCCCGCCUGGUGAAGCUGUAUGGCUUGUGUACCACACCCAGGGACCGGCCCAUCCUUAUUGUGGUGGAACUAGUCAAGAAUGGUGCGCUUCUCCAACACCUUAGGAAGAGGAAAUAUGAGAAGCAGUUGCACCCUGUUGGCGACCUCGUUAAAAUAGGGCUGCAGGUGGCCUCCGGCAUGGCGUACUUAGAGGCCCAGAAGUUCAUACACAGAGAUCUGGCUGCACGCAAUGUUCUCAUCGGUGAGGGAAUCAGCGUAAAGAUCGCUGAUUUUGGUCUGGCCAGGGUAAUUAAGGAUGACGUGUACCACCAUAACUCAAACAAUAAGAUCCCCUUCAAGUGGACAGCCCCGGAAGCCAUCAGCUUCGGACAGUUUACGUCUAAAUCAGACGUAUGGUCCUAUGGAAUCCUUUUGUUCGAAAUAGUCACCCACGGGCAGAUGCCCUACGAAGGAAUGGAUAACCAGACAGCGGUGAAGAAAAUACAACAAAGUUACCGACUACCGCAGCCAGCCUCCUGCCCCUGGGAGCUGUACAACAUCAUGUUCAGAUGUUGGAUGGAGAAUCCAGAAGCUCGUCCCAGGUUCGUCGACUUAAAGGAAGAAAUGAGCCGACUCACCACCAUAUUCUAACCUCAUUUUCUUGUGAUAUUAGCCGAUGAUUCUCUUCCUAAAUGUAUUAGAGGAUAUUAAUUUUAUGUAUUAAUUGUGAUCUCCUGGUGUGGACAUGUAAAUAACGGAGCAUCAGUUAAAAUUCACUCUCUGAUGUCCUUUUCGGCAGCUUUAGUGCCCUUUUAGUUAAUGUAAUUGUACUGUUCUUUUCUGUAAACCAAAAACAGUAAACUUUUAAAUUAUCUUUUCCGGUGAACAACCUAAACAUAAACAUCCCCCAUUAUUUUUAUGAACGACAUGGUCAGUGUUAUCACGAUAUUUCAUAGUUCAGUUGACUAAAAUAAAAAACGACCGGCUGGCAAGAGGCUAAAUAAUUUCCGAGGUCAGAAAAAUCUGCCGUCAUGUACUACCGCCAUUGGUCAUCUAACUAGAGGUACCUGAGGAGAGACGUUUAAAAUGUAAUCGUGCCGGGCUAAAAUGUGAACAAGAACUUUUAAUAGGAAAGGUGGAAGUAAUAAUACUGACUGCUGUAAGUAACACUACUAUUACUACUACUACUCAGACCAAUACUGUGCUCUGGAUAAUCAGUUGUCAGUCAUCUUGGAAUAUUUCCUGGAUUAAUGUUAACUUCACUCUGUACAUUUAGCUAUUGAACUGUAUUUGGUUGACUCUCAUUACUGAUGAUUGGUUGUCCAACUAGCUACUG